UGCAUGUGUAGUAUUUUGUAGGCUCUCUGCCAAGAUGCAAAUGACAGACUCGCAGGGCUCGCGUACAUGAUAACCUAGUCGGAAAUAGAAAUUGACCAACGGUUUGCGGAUAUCCAAGGUCAUUCGAAUCUUGGAUCCGGGCUGUCAAGUCCGUCCGAAGCACGAUGAUUCAACAUACUUAUCUCAAGGCCAAGCUCUCCUCUGGUUCAACUUCCGCCUUGAGCGUGCUUCCUGGAGACGCCGAAGGUCGCAUUUAGGAACGAUGCCCCGAGUCUCCCGAGACGAAUAUUCGGGCUGGAUAACAUUCUUCAGAUAAACAAGACCCCGAUAGGUCCCAGUGUUCUGGUUCUUCCACGUUUCACCUUACCAUGAAAAACCACGCGCGGUGGUUCCUUGCGCUGCUACCUUGGGUAGCAGGUACCGUCCUCGGCCAAGACAGCACCAAUGCAGCAACUUCUCCGUUGGAGCUUAUGUCUCAGAUCCCACAAUGCGCUGUCUCUUGUGUCACAACUGCAUUUUUUAGUUCGGGUUGCGGACUAGACAACAUCGCCCCAUGUGUUUGCACCAACGUCACUCUCCUAGAUGGACUAUCAGGAUGCGUACAAUCAUCAUGUACAUGGCAAGACCAGCUUUCAUUGUCUUACAUGACAGAUGACCUGUGCCGCCCUUACCCCCACCCAUCUCGAAACACCGAAAUCAAGUUGAUUGUUGCUGUGUUGGCUGUUAUCACCUUUCCGAUUGUGAUAUUGAGAUUGGUUUCGAGAUGGAUCAUCGCAAGCCGUUUGGAAAUCGACGAUUGGAUGACGAUAGUCACUGCCGCCAUACUAGCCACCACUCUUGGCUGCGUAGUUGCGACUGCCGACCUCGGCUUCGGGCUUCAUUACUGGAACGUAAACCCUGAAAAUGCUCAGAAGAUUCUCCAACUCUACUACGCCGUUCAAAUGCUUUACGUCGUCGUUUUGAUUCUGGCCAAGCUGUCCAUCAUUGCCCUUUUCGCCCGCAUAUUCCCCGAUCGCAACUUUCAAAUCAUCAACAAAUUGGUGUUUGUUUUCCUCGUUGGCCAUGGAUUGGUCUUUCUCUUUGUCAUCAUGUUUGAAUGCACACCCAUAGCUGGAAUCUGGGACCGAACUCUCGAGCGGAAGUGCGUCAACGUCAAUGCCGUUGCCAUGGCCAGCGCGAUUCUCAGCAUCGUUGAGGAUAUCGUAAUCUUUGCUAUGCCUAUCCAACAGCUGAGCAGGCUCCAAUUGGGUUUUAAGAAGAAGAUCGCCGUGGGAUUCAUGCUGAGCCUUGGAUCUUUCGCGUGCAUCACUUCAAUUGUCCGACUACGCUGGCUCUUGUUGUUUGCUGAGUCUUACGACACUACAUGGGAUAACGUCGAUGUGGUGACAUGGAGCAUGGCUGAGAUCUCGUGCGCCUUAAUGUGUGGCAGUCUUCCCGCACUACGACCUCUUCUCAAGAAGAUUCCUGGACUUCUCACGACGAUACGAGGCACACGGCCAACGGUUGAAGUGAAGGAAACCUUCAACAGGGCGAGCAGCCGGCUUUCGUUCGGAGACAAGAGCCUUGUCACUCCGCCUCCCGUCAUUACCCCUCGUCUUCGAUCGGUACCAUCCCCUGAGCCUUCGCCCUCAGAGGACUCUUUCAUGAUCAAGGUCCACAUUGCAGAGCAUCUUGAUCCGAGAAUGAAGCCAUUGCCACCGGCACCAUUACAGCCGCUUAGUUACCGGCCUCCUUGGAGAGAUAGCGCCACAUUGCAGACUCCCAGGACUCCAAUGACUCCGAUGAGCAUUAGGAGUAUCCGGAGAGAAGCUAAUGCAGAGUAUGAGUUAGACUUAAGAGGUGUGGUCAAUACGAAGGCCUGGAUGUAGACGAGCAUGACUUAGAGAUACCCAUUUGAUACAGGAGGAUAGAGGUUGAUACCCCAGUUUUCGCUACAUAGAACAAACUUUACAUUGAAUUGAAGUUCUGUUACUUCCAACAGCCGUCAAUUCUUUCCAAUCUGCGUAGGGAUUCGGGUCCGUAGUUCGUGGAGCAAGCUAAGCGUGCUGACUCUAACGUCGAGAAGUUGUUGAGCAUUUGAGUUCAAUGAGUUGAACCAUAACUUCCAACUGUCAAAGUCAAAGUUCGGCAAUAAUUUGCAGUAGAUACCGCUCAGUGAAUGAGAUGUUGAAGAAUAAGGAUCGAGUGAGUCCCGCUCAGCCAAUUAAACCGGAACAAUUCUC